AUGGCCUCCCGGAGCAACGAGCCCAAAGACGACGAAAAAGGCUCGUCCACUAAAGCGGAAUACCACGAUAAUGCUCCCACGCAUCUCAACGGCAGCUCCAAACUGGAAGCCGUGCAGUGCGCCAUUUGCGCUUUCAAGGCUAACAAGACUGUCAGCGAUGUGAUUGACAUGAACCGAGUCCGAUCUCACUUUCCUGUCCUCGGCGGGAAGACUGUGCCCUUCAACAACGCAGCAGGGACCGUUGUGCUCAAGGAUGCCAUGGCAGCGGCGAGUGAUGUCAUGAAUGCAAUGCCAAUAGACCAUGGAGACGGAGGUCCACGAAGCAACGCCGCCCAGGCUGAGUAUUCAAACAACUGGCGCCAGUGCGCAGCCUUUAUCAAUGCUGAGCCGUCCGAGAUUGCCUUUGGACAGUCCACCACCGCUUUGCUCCGACUCUUGGGCCAGUCGCUGCGACCCCAUCUCAGUGCGGAUGCAGAGAUUGUCUGCUCUACCCUGUGCCAUGAAGCCUCUGCAAGUGCCUGGGUUCAUCUUGCCCGCAGUCUAGGUAUCACCAUCAAAUGGUGGACACCAUCACAAGAUGGGCAAGAUAACCCCUGCCUUACCGUCGAUUCACUUAGACCUCUUUUGACUCCAAAAACGCGCCUCGUCACUUGCAAUCACGUUUCCAACGUGGUUGGGACAAUACACCCUAUUCGAGAGCUGGCUGACCUCGUUCAUACCAUCCCUGGUUGCCUCUUCGUCGUGGACGGGGUUGCCUGGACGCCCCAUCGGCCAGUUGAUGUCAAACUGUUCGACGUCGAUUUUUACUGUUUUAGUUGGUACAAGGUAUUCGGCCCGCACAUGGCGCAGCUAUACGCACACCGUCGGGCACAGGACCGCUACAUGACUAGUAUCAAUCAUUUCUGGUUCGAUCACUCCACCCUUGAUGGUAAAGUCCACUUGGGGGCUGCUUGCUACGAGCUGGAAGCAAUGUGUGUUCCCAUUACCAAGUAUUUGGGGGAUCUCGGAUGGGACGCCAUCAUCCAGCAGGAGACGGUCCUGACCAAAGUCUUGUUGGACUAUCUUCUCAGCCGACCCAGCGUAUAUCGAGUGUUCGGUAGGCGUACAGCAGAUCCAAGUCAGCGAGUGUCGAUUGUGAUAUUCGAGGUACUUGGGCGCCAGUCCAGCGACAUCGUCAUGCAAGUUCAUGUUCGCGACCGGUUCCGGAUCACCUGGGGGGAUUGCUGGGCACCACGACCAACAUUCGACGUUCUGAGACCACACAGUGACGGCAUCAUCCGAGUCAGUUUCGUUCACUAUAAUACGGUGGCUGAGGUUCAGGGGUUAUGCGCUGAGCUAGAGGAUAUAACAUCCACUAAAAGUGCGCAUGUUAAAGAAAAGGGGGACUCGUCAUCCAAAGACAUAGUCGAGGGGGCUUGA